CAGAAGACAACAGCACAGUGAGACAGCAGGUGAAAAAGAGCAGUGGUCCGAUAGGAGCAUCUGGACGAGCAGUUGGAUUUCUGAGAGACUUCAUUUUGGGGCAUUUUUUCCUGAUGCAUGCAGAUGCUAGUUUUAAAUUCACGUCAUGCUGCUCAUAUCAUUUUGAAUCCCUUUUUUCUUUCAGUUUUUAUUUUGUGGAAAUUUGUUUUCUUUAUAAUUUACCACCUUUUUGUUUUCUAACAUCACCAGGAAGUCGGAUUACAAUAGAAAGCAGAGUACCAUCUGGUGUCUGGGAUUGCAAUCAUGUAUUUGAACAACAGAAAUAAUGCCAUCAACACAGAGAGGAGUAAGAAGAACAUCAAGGGGAAAACAUGGGCUAACCUGAAGACAACCCCACGUCAGGAGGAGACCUUCACCCAGACAUCUCCAAAGGUGGGGGCAAAGUUGGAGCCGAAGAAGAACAAGACAGAGGAGCAGGAGGUGAUGCAGCUCACUGCGUUUGAGAAGGCCUUUUAUGAUCUGACUCAUUCAGAGAAGGUGAUGAAUGAUCUGACAUUUGGACGACGGGUGGGGCUUUACGAGCUAAGAGGAGAGAUUGGCUCUGGAAACUUUUCCCAAGUCAGAUUGGGGAUACAUGACUUGACCAAAGAAAGAGUUGCAGUAAAAAUCCUGGAUAAGGUGCGUCUGGACAAGCGAUCUCAGGCACUAUUCGUGUCAGAAAUCUCUUGCAUGGAGAAGCUGGCUCAUCCCAACAUAGUGCGACUGUAUGAGGUGCUGGAGACAUUCAAGAGGCUCUACCUGGUGAUGGAGUAUGCCAGCGGAGGAGAGCUGUUCUCCCGUAUCAGCACCAGGGGGCGCCUGUCAGAUCUGGAGAGCAAACUAGUGUUUUCACAGGUCCUGUCUGCAGUCAAAUACAUGCAUGAUAGUAAUAUUGUCCAUAGGGACCUGAAGGCUGAGAACAUCUUCUACACCAGCACCUACUGUAUUAAAGUGGGUGACUUUGGUUUUAGUACAUCCUGCAGCCCCAACGGAGUCCUUAACACAUUCUGUGGCUCUCCACCUUAUGCAGCCCCUGAGCUGUUCAAAGAGAAAGGUUACAUCGGUCAGUAUGCAGAUAUUUGGGCGCUGGGUAUCUUGCUUUACUUCAUGGUGACUGCCACUAUGCCAUUCAAAGCCACUAACACAGGCAGGCUCAAGUGUUGUAUCCAGCAGGGCUCCUAUGCCAUUCCUUCGUAUGUACCCAGAUCAUGUAUGGAGAUUAUUAAGGGCCUCCUGAGGCCGGUACCUGUGGACCGCCUCACUAUGAAACAGAUCAUGGACAGCAACUGGAUGAGAGGUAUUGAAUACCCCGAGGCCUACCUAGCUUGUAGCCCUACACCCUACUACCUGGCUGAGUCUUCCAACAACCUCAGCUCAGAUGAAAUGAGUGUGAAGGCAGCGCUGGAGGAUCUUGGCAUCACCAAGAACCAUCUUGUCAACAACAGCGUAGACUUGAAAAGCCCCGUUACUGGGGCUUACCGGAUUUUGCUGCACCGCAUCCAAAAGAGGAGGUCUGUGGAAUCUGUGGGCUACAGCCAGAGUUGCAACAAAGAGUCCCAGAACAGACUCACAUGGAGAGCAGGCUCAGACGGCAUGUUAGACAAACGGCACUCUGAGGUUUGUCUCAUCAUGUAGAUCCGUCAAGGAAUACGUCACCUGUAUAUCAGUUACUCAGCGUAUGUUACUUUGAAUUCACAAGAAAAACUUUAUUUUUCUUGCAUGCCUCUGCAAGCUGAAUGAAGAAUCCAAAAACUGAGAAAAUUGAAGUCAUAGGGGGCCGCGUUUAACAACAGCAAAACUAUUUCAAAACUUCUGUGUACAAACUAAAUAAAUGCAGUAUAAUCCAAGACUCAUUUAUCCAGUCACUUGCUCAGUAAUUCCCAAUUACAUGCAUUUCACUAAAACCUAAAGUUUUUUUCAGGUAUUCAGGGUAACAUGGGGUGAGUACUGUAAUUGACUUACAAAUAAUCAUUUUGGGGGUGAGGUAUUUCCUCUAAAAGAAUAGUUCAACAUUAUGGAAAAUGUGUUUAUUUGCCUUUGGUGCUGGUAGGUGUAUUUUUGAGCUUUGGAGAGAGCCAGGCUAGCUGUUUCCCCCCUUCUUUGAGUCUUUAUGCUAAGCUAAUUACCUCCUGACCACAGAUUCGUACUGAACACACAGUCUCACUCAGAGAUCAAGACUGUUGCAUUAUCUAACUCUUGAAAACAGGGAAAUCAAGCAUAUCUCCCAAAAUGUCAAACUAUUCCUUUAAUAGUGUUUCUCUGUUUUUUGUGACGCUAAAUAGGCAGAAUGUGACAUUGAAAAGCUUGAUGUUGAUGAUUUAUUUCCAUAUCACACCAUUGCACAUCACUGUGAAUUAAACUGUAGACCCCAUGACACACUCUGGAACAAUAUCUGGCACUCUUGUGUCCACUUACAUAACAUUUUCAGUUUUUAUAGCGUCAGCUUUAUUUAAACCAACUGAGCGUGAAAGAAAAUUCACAUGAGGGUUGACAAUGACCCAGAGAUUUCUCUGUCAUUUAGGCAACAGGAAUGUGGAAACUUAUAACUAAUAUCUGCUCAAAAUCAAUGGAUUUCGCUGAGUUUUAAUUUUUCUUUCAUUUCUGUUUAUUAAAAAAGAUACAUGGUUAAUAUUGUAGACACAAUAAUGUUGAACUUCCCAAAAAUGUCCUUACAGAUCUUUUAUGCAAAGGAGGAUGUAUAGGUAAUAUCUGAUGCAAAAUCAUGCGAAAUUGUGAGUUCUUGUAUGUCCUUGUUUUCCAUGUGUACAGUAUGUUUCAUUUGAUUAAAAAUAAUUAAAAAUGUGUCUCUACACAAAUAUCUUGAUUCUAAUCUCAAGCGAUUCCUUGAAAGCUGCAUUACGGUGAACUGACUUUUACUGAACUUUUAGAAUGACGAACAACUCAUUACAUUUAUUGGUUUUACAACA